AUGGCUGAGCACGCAGCUUCUUCGAUCUCCACGCUCCCUUCAGAGCUAGUACACCACAUCCUUACGUUCCUGCCCUUGACAGACCUGCUCACAGUCGGCUUGGUAAACCGCGCAUUUCUUGAACACUCCAGACAAGACACGCUGUACCAACCGUUUGUCCAGGCUCAUGUGCCAGGCUAUGACGUGCCCAAGCCCGAUGGCUUGACUUGGCGUGAACUGUUCAAGCUGCAUCACCCGUACUGGUUCAUCGCGCAGCACAGGAUUUGGUUUUCAGAUACACCCCAUACGGGGAAGCUUAUUAUAGCUAGAUAUGAUCAUCGUCUCAAUGCUAUCGAAGGAUAUGCGCUUGUUGCGGAACGGCGGCAACCUACGUUCAAGACAUGGGACUGGAAUCCACACGCGAUCAUACACACUUUCAAUCCGCGCAUAAGGCUAGAUCUCAACGCGCCGGUGGUACGCUUGGAUGCUCGUGGAUAUGCGGCUGCUUUUGCCCAGUCUGGCAGUCGACUGACGCGAGAAGUCCCCAUGGACCUUGUUGAUGAGCUACCCCGACCCAGCUCCGGAAUACAUUCUCAACUUAUACUGUCGAGGCCAUUGCCUCAACAAGCCAUCUCGCGCAAUACGCCUGUCUGGCCGCCGCUCACGAUACCGGGUCCGGUCCGUACGCUGAACGAAUCGCCGAGCCGCUUCCGCGAUGUCGCCCACCGACCGUCAAAUACCUCAGAAAUGUCUUCUGCGACUUUUAGAUUGAGACGGUGGAUGGAAUUUUCGUCUCGACCUCACGGGGUUAGUAUGCGCGUGGGGGAAGACGUCACGACAUGGGGCACGUUGCCUGCAGAGUGUUACACACCCACUCCACAGAAACCGUGGCAAGGGGUUUGGUGCGGGGACUACGCUGGCCACGGGUGUGAGUUCUUGGUGGUCAUGCAACCAGAUGACCCCCAACCGUUGCCGGAGCGGGCAGAAUCAGUUCUGCGAGCAGCAGAGCGCGAGGGCAGUGUUAGCAGUGGUGACUCCUGGAGUACUGCACCAAGCGCCCAAGAAGAAUGGGACGAGGCCGGUUGGGAUCAAGAUAUAAUUGAGGGUGAAGGCACGACUGAAGAGCAAGAAGACAAUAGCAUGGGAGAUAGCAUCGCCACCCUGCAUGCAUCGCCGGCUUUCACUGAGAAUGAACACGGUGACGGUGACGAGCCCGUCUACCGAGGACGUCUCGAAGCGGUCAAACUCACAGGAGACCCGAAUAUACCGCGAGGAGAGUACACCUUUAUAGCGCCAGACAUUGGUCCUAGUGGUCUGAUACGAGUCGCGGAUGAGGAGCUGUUCAAGGGGAGCACGCAUCGUCAAGAGCAGAAAUAUUUGUGGUCUACGAUGCCCCACUAUGAACAGUACAUACUCAAGGUGACGGCGGGUGCGACGUACGACACUUCCAAGCACGAGGAUGUUCAUGUCAACACCGAGAAGCCCAUAAACAUCUCCUCAGAGCACCUUGACGCGCGGAUACAAGUGCGCAUCAAAGAUUACCGCGGAUUACCUGAAGGCUCACCGUCCUCAUCCCCCUACUUCUCGACCCCGCAGCACCCCUACGACCGCUACUCCAUCUCCUUCGCCUUCACACCCAAACGCUCCAUAUCGGGGAAAGACCUCGUCUUCGGCAAUGAUUUCGACCACCCGAUCCGAGACCGCCUGCCGCCCCUCUUUGACAAGGCCUUCGGCAUCGUGAAGUGGUGGAUCGAUCCUGGCCUCGACGGCGACGUCUACGGUGACGAACCGUAUCUCUAUGGCGCAUUGUUGUCGUCCAUAAAUGUGUUACGGAUAGGUAACAAGCCACCGCAGGAACCGGACGCUGGAGAAGAGAAAGAGGGCGAGGCAGUUGUGUAUGCGGAGGGUGCUGAGGGCGAUGGUGUGGACGUGCGGGAGAAAUACAGUGUCCCUGCAACGACUAGCCAGCGGCAAAAACACUUCCUAAACGAGGCGAAGAGGACUGACUUCACGUUCGAAGAGGGGAGAGAAUAUAAGUGCGAUUUCUUCAAUCCUUAUGUCGACUUCAAUGAGUUUGCGCUCAAGAUUGGGUACGGGUUGCCUGCGAUAUCGAUUAUUGGACACUGGGAUGGGCAGCCGCUUCGAUAUGUCCUCAAAGAUCGGAGUACAAACACAGAGCUGUUCGUCGUCAUCUUCCAGCUCAUCCCAACCGACGAGGCGAAGAAGACGUAUGGCAUAGAAAGCGCGGAAGACAUGGUCCAUCAGGUGCACGGUGGAGACAAGACCGAGACGAAAGCUGCGGCGAACGACGAUGAGCUGGACUAG